UUCUGUAAUGGAUCUGCAUCAUAUUUUUAUCACACUUUUUAUGACAUUUUCAUGUUUGUUGGUGGUGGAAGUAAAUUGUAAAAGUGAAAGUUACAAGAGAAAAGAUGUGAUUGUUGUGGGUGGGGGUAUAGCUGGUAUGGCUGCAGCACGUAGACUACUUAAAGAGGGCAAUAUUGCUGUUAAAGUUCUUGAAGCAAGGACAGACCGGUAUGGUGGUAGAAUAUGGACAUAUCGAGAAGCAGCGACUCGUGUUAGAGGUGUUGAUGUUGAAGUAGGGGCAGGUCUCUUAAACACGAAAGCAAAAAGCAACAGUCUUAUUAAAAUGGCUGAAGAGUUUGAAUUGGAUACAGAAAGUUCUGGAAGUCUGCAGGUUCAUUUUGUGGAUAAAAAUGGCGAAAAGAAAGUAUACUUUGGAGAUAAUGUAACAGAUUUGUAUACUGAGGUAUUUAAAAUAGUUAUCAAGGCUUUACGUUCAGCUCAGGAAGCUGGUGUAGAUAGGCCCGUCAAUGAGGUUUUGCUUGAAGCAUUAGAGUUAACAUACAAUACAGAAAAGGAUCAAAAGUAUGAUCAGAGCACCAUUGAACAUGUAAUUAGAUCAUUGCCAGUGACUGUUUUACAAAACUUUUCUUCCGCACUGUAUAAAAUUGAAAAUGACUUUGGUUGGGAUAAAACUGUUAUUGACGGAAUGGGAGCUUUAUUAGACAGAAUAGUUGCUGGUUCAGGAAUGGAAUUGCCAAUUAAGGUAGAAUUAAACAAAGUUGUUAGGAAUAUAAAAAUGGAUCGUGAAAGAAAGAAAGUUUUAAUUAGGACAUUAGAUCGAAAACAGAUAGUAGCAGAUGCAGUAAUUGUUGCAUUGCCAGUUGGCGUGUUGAAAUCCGAAAAUGUAAUUUUUGAACCACCUCUCCCAACAGAAAAGAAAAGGGCUUUAACAGAUGUUGGAAUUGGCUAUAGUAGUAAAGUAGUGAUUGGGUUUGAUGAAGCCUUUUGGCCAAAGGAUGUAGGAACAUUUAAUGUGUUUUCAGAGGUAGCGUCAAAUGGUUUUCUACAAAUUUGGAACAAUGCUUACAGACUUAGCGGAAAUCCUUUCCUUAUCGGCAAUAUAUUUGGCGAAGAGGCUAAGUUAUGGGAAACUAAACCAGAGGAACUAAAGAAACUUGUAAAGUUAGUUCUAGGUGAACUUUUUGGUGCAGAAACGAUCAAGGCUCAUGAAAUAAAAACAUUUAUACAUUCCAACUGGUCCACAGAUGAGUUUAUUCUAGGCUCAGUUUCUUAUCCGCGAAUUGGCAACUCACCAGAUUUAUGGAAAGAUUUACAGAAACCGGUCUGCCCUUAUAUAUUCUUUGCAGGUUCAUACACCGAGACUGUUUCACAUGUUGAUAAUUUACACGGAGCAUAUAAUUCUGGUGUGAGGGCUGCAGAGCAGUAUAUUAGUGGUAUUUGCAGGAAAACUAAAGAUCCUAAGAAAAAAGAUAAGAAAAAGCAAAACAAAGAUGAGAAAAACAACAAAAAGAAAAAAGAUUCCAAAGAUAAACAGCGGAAAGAUGAAUUGUGAAAAGUUACAGAGAUAAUAUCAUUCCUAGCUACAUCAUGAUCAUACAUUUUAAAUACUUCUUGAUAUUUUUGUAAAAAAUUAAAAACACUGAAUUAAUUUGAAUCAUUAUUCAAACCUAUCUUUAUCAAACUAUUAUUUCUACAGAAACUUGUUUUAAUAACUAAAAUUAAUCUUUUUAAUGUUAUUGGAAAGAACAUAUUUAACCCAGAGUGGAGAAAACUUUGCACACAUAUCUUCAAAGAUUGUCUUGAGACUUUUACAAAAAAGUCUACUGAAACUGUAUAGUAUAUCAUAUGUAUUUAAUAUUGACAGAUUUUGAAACAUAAGGAGUCCUUGUUUAAAUGUAUUGCAGAGGCUUAAGUGAGCAAGUGAAAAAUGACUUAAAGUGCUAACAAUGUUGAAGAUUCAUUCCUAACGUUUUCAUGACUGUAUGCCUGUCUGCUAUGCAAAUGUUAUUUGUGAAAAAAAUAAAAGUUUUAUUUUUUAUGAG